AUGUUGCAUUCGCACAAAACCAGCGUACGCGCUAUGAACGCACAGAUGGAAGAAUACUAUUCAACUAACAAAUUCUUUUUGUCACAAGUCGGUAGUUGGCCGUAUCAGCGUAAAACGUUGAGAGUGCUGCUACCGUCUCUUUUGGUAACAAUACAAAUCUCUGUCGUCGUGACUGAGAUUCUUCUAUUGCAUGACACUUGGGGUAACAUAGACAUAGCUGUCGAGAGUCUGAUUACCACUAUCCCAGUAGUUGGUUCCAGCGCGAAGUUAAUAAAUAUUGUAGUGAAUAAUGACAAAUUUCAACAAUUGCUGCAACUCAUGAACGAUCAUUGGGAAUUUUUCAACAGCAAAUCCGAACGUCAGGUUUUAAAAUACUACGCAAGCAUUAGUCGAAAACUGACGAAGUAUUACGCAGCAUAUUGUUACACAAUAUUGGUGCUGUAUCUGCUGAUUCCGUUGAUACCGAGAAUCUUAGACGUUGUCGUGCCGUUGAACGAAUCGCGACCGUUGAAGUACGUGUUCCCGGCUGAGUACAGAGUGGACAAGGAAAAAUAUUACUAUCCGAUCUUGGUGCACGCCUACAUGGCGAGCACAGUCACCAUUGUGAGCGUGCUGAGUGUCGAUACCAUGUACAUAGUAUGUGUGUUGCAUGCGUGCAGUUUGUUUACGGCUAUUGGUCACCAACUUGAAAGUAUCGGUCAACGAGCUACUGCUGAAAUCAAUAAUAAUAAUAAUAACAACAACAACAACAAAACAUCGUGCACAAGAUCGUGUUAUUAUCUACUUGUAGAGGAACACGAUUCCGUCGACGAUGCCAAUUGUCACGAUUACCGUGAAAUGAUGACAUGCUUGAAGAAACAUCAAAUCGCAUUAGAAUAUGUUCAGAUAUUGGACACCACGUUCACUUACGCGUCGUUUGUCCUGUUGAUUUUAAACGUGAUGAUCAUGAGCGUGAUCGGACUGCAGCUCCUCAACAAAUUGGACCAUACCGAGGAGGUGAUAAGAUACGUUUGCGUAACCGUGGGCGCGAUCACUCAUCUCGUGUGCAUGUGUUUCCCAGGACAGCUGCUGAUAGAUCACAGCACGGAGGUGUUCGACAAGACAUACGGUUCGCGGUGGUACACGUUCUCCACAAAAAGCAAAAAUUUAUUGAGAAUUCUGCUCUACAGAAGUUUCGUGCCGUGCACGCUCUCGGCUGGAAAGAUGUUCGUCAUGUCACUGACAAUGUGCAGCACGGUGAUGCAUACAGCCAUGUCGUACUUCACCACCUUUUUAUCUGUGAAAUAAAACUGCCACGUGCCCUUUUCUCGUUGUCGUUCAGCGAAAAAUUUUUAGCUUUCAUUGUGCUCGUGAAACACAAGACUUUUU